GCCUCUCAAAGGAGGAGGCCAAGGUUUACAUAGGUGUGUCUUAACUUAAGGUGACAUUUAUUUAAGGGUUUAGAUGCCACUCUUUGUGCUAUUGAUCGACCAUCCCCCAGAACACACAAACAGGAUUCUGCAGAGCCGCUGCACCUAAAAGCAGCGGAGAGAAGGACUGGAGUGGUGGAUGUUAAGUUGUUAUGCACAGGACGAUGGCGUGUGGAGUGUUUGGCUUGCUGCUUCUGUUAUUCCUAGCCGUGAUUCUAGGAACUGAUGCCGAGGCAAGUAAAAAAAGAAGGAGGAAGAGGGAGUGGAUCCUUCCUCCUGCUAUGCUUAUGGAAGGAAAGGACUACACUAACAGAGAAUAUAUUGCCAAGAUCCGCUCAGACAUGGACGUAAGAGACAAAGUGGAAUACUCUCUUACUGGAGAAGGAGCUGAUAAGCCACCCUAUAACCGGUUCACUGUAGACGCAGCCACCGGCUUUGUACGCAUCCAUGAUAUCUUGGACCGAGAGGAAAGAGCGUGCUACAAUCUUUUAGGAAUAGCCAAGUACAGAAACGGGAGCGAGGCCGAAGAUCACAUCCCACUGAGGGUCAUUGUUGGGGAUGUGAACGACAAUGAGCCAACUAUAAGGUUGCAUGAAGGCAACACCACAGAAUCCAGUGAAAAAGGAACAUUUAUCAUGCAAGUGGAAGGUGAAGAUGCUGACGAAGAGGGAACUGUUAAUGCUAAAAUGGCCUAUGCAAUAAUAAACCAAGAACCCAAAGGCCAUGGGGAUAUGUUCACUAUAGACAGGCAUACAGGCAAAUUAUACGUCAAAGAGCCUACUUUGGACAGAGAGACGAUUGACUUCUAUACACUCACUAUAGAGGCAACUGAUAUGGGUGGGGCUAAAGAUGGGAAUAAAGGGACAGGAGCCGUAAAGAUCAAGGUGUUGGACAUCAAUGACAAUGUGCCCGAAUUGGAGCAAGAGGAGUAUGAUGGUACAGUGGACGAGAAUGUUGCUGAUGUUGUUGUGAUGAGAAUCAAAGCCAUAGAUAAAGAUUUGGAGCACACAGGCAACUGGCUGGCGGUAUUUGAUAUCAUCCAGGGAAACGAAGAUGGCCUCUUCUCAAUUGAAACAGAUAACAAAACGAACGAGGGUAUCCUUAAACUGAUAAAGGCUGUGGACUUUGAAGAACUCCAGAAGCUGGAGCUGGGAUUGAAUAUUUCGAAUGUGAACCCUUUCAUCAGUGGCAUUCAUGCCGUAUCUAUGGAGGUGCCAGUUGAGAUUGGGGCUGGCGGACCAGUUGCUGCUGGUGCUGGGGCUGGUGCUGGGGCUGGUGCUGGGGCUGGUGCUGGGGCUGGUGCUGGUGCUGGGGCCGGGGCCGGGGCCGGGGCCGGGGCCGGGGCCGGGGCUGGGGCUGGAGUGAGUUUGGGUGCAGAUUUAGAUUUGGGUGUGGAUAUAGGACUAGAUAUUGGACUGGAUGCAGGGCUAGAUGCUGGAUUAGGGCUCAAACCUGAUUUGGGACUUGGACUGGGACCAGGACCAGGGCUUGGACUAGGACUAGGACCAGGACCAGGACCAGGGCUUGGAGUUGGGAUAGGGCUCAAACCUGGGGGAAAACCUAGGCCCAAAAAGAAAAAACCAAAGAGCUAUCCAGUUAAGAUCUCCGUCAACAAUAUGCCUGAGACCCCCGUUUUCAAACCCAGCACAAAGCUAGUUCCUGUGUCAGAGGACCCCAAUUUGAUGACAGAGGACGGAGUGAUUGUAGCAUACCCUGCCACUGAUCCAGACACAGGGAAAAAUGCUGAAAAUGUCAGAUAUGCCAAAAUCUAUGAUCCAGACAAUUGGGUGUCAAUUGAUGGAGAAACUGCUGAGAUCAGACUCAACAAAGUCCCAGACAGAGAGUCAAAGUUUAUAGUCAAUGGAAGCUACGUUGCCAAGAUACUCUGCAUGACCCAAGACAACCCAUCUAAGACAUCAACCGGAACGAUAGCUAUUCAUGUGUUCGAUUCAAAUGACCACUGCCCUACGCUGACAACCAGAAAAGAUUCUGUGUGCUCUGAUGAAAAGACGGUAUACAUCACCGGCUUUGAUGAGGACGUGAAGCCCAAUGGGGCUCCUCUGAGCUUUAGAAUUGUCCCUGAAGGAACACGUGGCGAUUGGGACAUUGAAAUAAUCAACGAGACCACCGCAGCACUCCACUCCCAUGAGUGGCUUUGGCCCGGGGUCUACAAGCUAGAGGUGGAGGUAGCAGAUGAGCAGGGCCUAUCCUGCCCUGACAAUGAGGAAUUUGAGCUGGAGGUCUGCACCUGUGGACCAUCACAGCAUUGUGUGCCAAAAACAGCAGAAAGAAUUGGCCAGACCACAUCCACACAGCUCUCUGCCCCAGCACUCGGACUACUUCUUUCUGUUAUGUGUCUGCUUCUGUUCAUCCCUUUAUUGCUCCUGUUCUGCCAGUGUGGUGGCGCAAACUAUAUCUUCCCCGAACAAUUUGCCGACCUACCAUUUGACGCAAAAGAGCACCUCAUAUCAUAUCAUACAGAGGGAAAAGGCGAUGACAAGGAGGUUCCCCUUCAAAGUAUCCCAAUCAUGAUGGGGUCACAGAAGACCAAAGGAGCCAUACAGGCAAAAGAAUUCAAUAUGGUCUCCUCAACAAUAACGGCAUCUCAUGAAACAAAUUACAACGAAUCAAGAACUCACAAUGCAAACCAGAGUUUGAUGGACGUGGACAAUGCUUUUGGUACCUCAAGUGAUCCAUUCGACCUUCGAUAUGCCAGUGCAUCAUUCAGCGGACACACAAUGACAAGGUCACAAAUGCAUGCCUCAGACAUGUAUGAGGAAAUAGCCCUUCCUGACAUUUUCCUUGAUGACUACUACUCCCAGAAAGCGCAAUGUGCUCUCCCAAUGAAGGACAGUCUGUUGGUAUUUGACUAUGAGGGCCAGGGAUCCCCUGCCGGGUCUGUGGGCAGUGGCAGCCUUGUGGAAUCUGAUGAUGACCUGCAAUUCCUUGAUGACCUUGGAGCAAAAUUCAAGACCCUUUCUGAAAUCUGCAUUCCUAAAAUGCCCGAGCCACCUGCAUCCAAAGUUGAACAUGUUUUCAAACAAACGGUUAAUCGUACCAUUGAGACACCUAUUGUAAAGCCAAAAAUAGAGCAUGGGAACAAGACCAUCGAUGUAAAAAUGACUACAGUAAACAAAAUCUCCUCCGCCAGUAAUGUUAAUAUUUCCAAAUCAUCAAGGAACACCUUAAAUACUUCCCGGCAGUCCCAAAAGCAAUCACCCUCAAUUAGCACUAGCUCUCAAGUCACCAACGUUAAAAACAUUCAGUCUGCCACCCUUUCCCCUCCCGGUCAGAUGGUUAUGUACCAACAGCAACCUAUAUACUAUGCGACCAUGCCUAUGAUGCAGCCUUUGCAAUACAUUCCUAUGGGCCAACCCCAGCUUCAGAAUAUGCUAUUUGCUGGGUCCGCUACAGGGUCCGUUGGGGCACAGAGUGUAUUUGUAGUCAAUGGAUCUCAGAACCCACUCCCUGGAAUGGUGAUGAAUGAUGUCAAAGGCUCUGCAGGCUCUUCAGUAGUCUCAUCAAGUGCAGUCAGCCCCACAGUGUUUGGACUACCAGGGAGCCCUGGAAGUCCAAGCUGGAAUAUGAUCGCACCAGGGGCUGGUGGGGCCUAUACAUUUGUGGAGGCUAAGAUCAGUUCAAGUGGGGCACAAGGGUUAAGCCCUGUGUCAGCUCAUGGUACUUUACCCAGUGGUGAAUUAGUUGGCCCUACAAUGGUGAUGCAGGGCAAUCCAAACUGGAAUCUAAUGGCACCAGGGGCUGGUGGGGCCUAUACACUUGUAGAGACUAAGCUCAGUUCAAGGGAGGCACAAGGGUUAAGCUCUGUGUCAUCCCAGGGUACUUUACCCAGAGGUGAAUUAGUCAGCCCUACAAUUCUGAUGCAGGGCAGCCCAAGCUUGAAUCUAAUGGCACCAGGGGCUGGUGGGGCCUAUACACUUGUGGAGACUAAGCUCAGUUCAAGUGAGGCACAAGGGUUAAGCCUUGUGUCAGCCCAGGGUACUUUAACCAGAGGUGAAUUUGUCAGCCCUACAACGCUGAUGCAGGGCAGUCCAAGCUUGAAUCUGAUUGCACCAGGUUCAUCUCAAGUGUCAUCUCAGGGUAAUUUGCCAGGAGGUGGCAACUUGGUAAAAGAGGCUGCUCCCCCUCAGUGGGCAUUAAGCAAAGCAGCCAAGGUCGGUGUAAAUGGCAUUCUGCCAGAACAUACCAUUAGUACAGCGGGGCAAGUUAAUGUUAAAAAUAAUGUAGGGGUUGAUUUGGUUGGGAAUACAGGAGAGAUAAUGUUGGAGUCAUGUAGGGAAGUUGUGCCUUGUGCUAAGCAGUCAGGGGAAGGGAAUUUUUGGGCUCGGGAGUUGCAGAUUGCAGAGGCUGAAGUUUGUCCAGCUGACAUUAGCCAUUCAGUACCAGAAACGUUAAUUUCUUCCCAAAAUGAGCUCACUCCCAGGCCAGUGGAUACAGAAGAAUCAGCGCAAACUUUUGAGUCUUCAGAGGAGGAGCCAUGUGAUCAAUUAACAAUUAUACAAAGUCCAAUUACCGAAGAAGCGUUGAUGGGGAUCCCCAAAGAAGAACCAGAGCUCUUAUUACCCUCUCCGAGUCUCUCAGAAGAUGCACCGAUUGUUGCAGAAGUGUCCCCAAUAGAAGGUUCCUCGGAUUUGGCUGAUAUGGCAGAUAGCACAUUAUUGCUUACUCCAGAAGAUGAAUUAGGUUUGCCUGUAAAGUACCAAGAAAUAUUGCAGUAUCAAGAAGCUGAUGAACAUGUAGUAACUAGUGAAGCUAAUGAGCUUAUACUUGAGAAAGUGCAGAGUAAACCUUGCAUCCCUCCAAAUUCAAAUGAUUCCACAGCCUUUAGAUGUGCCAUUGAAUGUGCAGAUGAUGAAUCAGAAGGAUUUGAGAAUGACCCGAAGAGCAGACAAAUUGUUGAGAAUAUUAACGAAAUCCAAGCUUCAGCUACAGAUGAGGGGGUAAACAUUGAAGACAAAGCAAUCAUUGCGCCUCCCUUAAACCAGAUAGACACAGAUACCGAAAAGGAUUCACAGGAGGCUAGCGACAGUGAGGAGAAAGCAAUGCCUGAAUUGCAGUUGGAUCAACGUUUAGAAGACAAUAUGUGCAAAGGUCAUGCAAUAGAGUAUUUUGAUGAGGUAAAUGCAAAGGCAACAUCACUGCAAAAUCGGACUCAGUUGAAUACUGUCUCAGAUGAUCAAAGAGAAGAUUGUGAGAGUGAUUGCAUGUUAGAAUCAGCUCAAUUAAUAGCUGAUGAAAGCAUUGAGGAAGAAGUGAAGGGAUCCCUCAAUGACAUGACAAUGUUAGAACAAUAUCAGCACACUGUGGACAUUACUGGUAGUUGCUCAGAGAAGACUAGUUUAGAGUUGAAUAUAGCACAAAAUGUGGCAAUGAAACCCGACAUGCACUUAUCAAUUGAUGAGGUGAAAGAAGGCAGUCUGACAUCGAAGCUUGACUCCCCAGUUCCCCAAACAUGCUCAGAUAUCAUAGAGAAUGACACUAAAAUUAAUGUUCCGGUAGAAGAGUACAACAUGCUGGCAGAAAAACUUGAUAGUGAUGCCGUUGAAUACCAGGAAUUACCAAAAUAAUUAUCUCAAUCACCAGGUUGUCAGGCAUUGAUGAAUUUGAAUCAGGUAGGAGGUGAGGACGUCAGAUGUUUGGAAGAUGAAGCAGAAAGAGGUGAACCCAAUCAUGGUUUGGUAUCUGCAAAUUAUUCUGAGGGACAAGAGAUAAUUUGCGAAAUAAUCCAAAGGCCAGCUAUAGUUGACACAUUGCUGACAUUUCGAAAGAUUGCCAACAGACACGAGGACAGAUUUAGACUUUGACUUAGUUGAUUAGCUUUAAGGAUGGACAAAAUGUAUAAUCAACUAUUUAGUACUUUCCCUUUCUCUUGCAAUAUACAAGGCAAUUACAAUGUGGAGUUGGAGAAGGUGGUGUGGGUGUAUUGACUUUAUUCUGCAUUCAUAUAAUCAAUUAUUUGCUGGUCAAGUGUGAAGUGUAUUGAGUGCCAGAGCAUAUUUUUUUUCAGUAAUUUCAAAUUUAUUCAGAUGUACUUUAAGGGAUUUUUUCCAUCUUUGUUUUUGUAUAUCAUUUGGUAAACAUAUGUGUGCUUGAUGUUUCUUUUGUGAAGAAUUUUAACUUUGUUUUGAAACAAGUGCUUUUAAUAAAACAUAACUUUGUCACACCUCUGUGCAAAUCUUUACUGCAUCGAGAUUCUGGUUAUUAUGCAUUUAACUAUUUGUGUUCUCGUCAGUGCAAAAUUUAUUAAAGACUAAACGACUCAAAGUAAAUCACAAA